CAGCAUUUGGAGACUCCAGUGCACGAGUCUGUGGAGGAGAGCGCGCACCGACCGGAUUACAGGAGACAGUUAGAAGGCAGCAGAGGACAACAAAGGAUUCAAAAACAAAAGAGGAAAAAACUAUAAAGAUAUGCAAAAAUGUGUGAUUAAUGUUAAAGGAAUAAGAGAGUGGAAACAGAACAGGAUAGAACUAUUGCCGAAAGGCAAGGCGUACAACAGAGACUCCUGGGGUUACACAUCCUUCCUUCCAAAGAGUGCGUGGACUAUUCAGAAUUGAGGUUAUAAUUCAGAAGUGGAUCGAAACAACAAGCAAGCUGCACAACAUAAUAACUUGUUGUUUUUAAGUGGUCUUCACAGGGGGAUGCUGUCCGUGCACACAUUGACAGUUGCCAUGCCGAUACCAAAUCUUUCGCAGUAGACUACUUGCCAGGGCGGAGUCCAGCCUCCCACCCUAAUUAUAGACCUACUGACCACCUGAUGAUCACUGGUGCCAUGGGAACAGCACGGGCCAACAGGUACAGCUUCACAGCAACAGAUGAGGAGGGCCUGAAAAUCUCCACACUUGGGCUCCACAACGGCCACAGCUCGCCAAAUAGCCGGUUCCCCUCCCCUAGUGGCACAUCCGGAGGAGAUAGGAUAUCAGGAGCCACAGGUCGUAGGAUGAACAAUUACAACGGAAAGAUCUCUACUACAGGAUCGAGCCAACUAAGAAGUCGCUUCGUCAAGAAAAAUGGGCAUUGCAACGUGGUGUUCUCUAACAUGGAGGAGAAAUCACAACGUUACCUGGCCGACAUCUUUACCACCUGCGUGGACAUCCGCUGGAGAUACUUACUACUCCUCUUCUGCUCGACCUUCAUGUCCUCCUGGAUGUUUUUUGGAAUAAUCUUCUAUUCAGUUUCCAGAGCCCAUGGGGAUUUUGAUGAGCACCCUGGAAUGAGUUCCUCUUCGGGGUUGGAAGGGAAUGGGCUUGGGGUUGGUGAAGUUGAAGGGGUGCAGAAAAAGUGGCAGCCAUGUCUCCUUCAUGUGGAGGGCUUCGUCGGAGCAUUCCUAUUCUCCGUCGAGACCCAGACCACCAUUGGUUAUGGGUGGCGCUGUGUCACUGAGGAGUGCCCUGUGGCAGUGAUCACAGUGGUGGUCCAGUCCAUAGUGGGCUGCAUCAUUGACUCCUUCAUGCUUGGUACAAUCAUGGUCAAAAUGGCACGCCCUAAGAAGAGGAACCAGACCCUGCUGUUCUCGAAAAACGCUGUGAUUUCCCUGCGCGAUGGCAAGCUGUGCCUCAUGUGGCGGGUGGGUAACCUGCGCAAGAGCCACAUCGUGGAGGCCCAUGUGCGGGCACAGCUCAUUCGACCCUACGUCACGGCAGAGGGAGAGUUUAUCCCUCUAGAGCAGAGGGAUCUCAACGUAGGCUACGAUGAAGGCAUAGACAGACUCUUUCUGGUUUCUCCUCUGGUUAUCGUCCAUGAGAUCGACGAGGACAGCCCCCUGUAUACUGUGAGCCGGGCUGAUCUGGAGUCGGAUGACUUUGAGAUCGUAGUGAUCUUGGAGGGCAUGGUGGAGGCCACCGCCAUGACCACCCAGGCCCGCAGCUCCUAUCUGGCCAAGGAGAUCCUAUGGGGGCAUAGGUUUGAGCCUGUGAUCUUUGAGGACCGAACCAAGUAUCAGGUGGACUAUGCUCGCUUCCACAAGACCUACGAGGUGCCCUCCACACCCCACUGCAGCGCCAAGGAGCUCAGUGAGAUGGCCAGCCGGCCUGCCUCAUCCGCCUCCUCCCACUCACUAUUCCCAACCAGCCCCAGAAUCACCCAGCACCUUGUAACCCCCCACUCCCCCAGCGACUUCUGCUAUGAGAAUGAGGUAGCACUGAGCUGUGGAGAGGACGAGGAUGAACUGGAUAGGCAAAAGGGAAAAGACAGGGAGGAGGAAAGGAGGAAUUCAGUUUCUGUAGACUUUCAUAAUUUGUUUCAGGACACAGCCACAAUGACAUCCGGCAGCAACAUGCUGUGUGUUUUGGACAAUCAGAUGGAUUUUGACAUUCUACAGACGACCAUUACUCGUGAUCCACUGACAUAUAAAAGUGAGUCAGGAAUCUGAGGCAAAGGGAUGGCAUCCUCAGACCCUUCCCAACCCCUCCAUUCAUAUAGUUGAAGUCGGAAGUUUACACACACUUAGAGUCAUUAAAACUUGUUUUUCAACCACUCCACAAAUUUCUUGCUAACAAACUAUAGUUUUGGCAAGUCAGUUAGGACAUCUUCUUUGUGCAUGACACAAGUAAUUUUUUCAACAAUUGUUUAUAGACAGAUUAUUUCACUUAUAAUUCACUGUAUCACAAUUCCAGUGGGUCAGAAGUUUACAUACAUUAAGUUGACUGUGCCUUUAAAAAUUCCAGAAAAUGAUAUCAUGGCUUUAAAAGCUUCUGAUGGGCUAAUUGACAUAAUUUGAGUCAAUUGGAGGUGUACCUGUGGAUGUAUUUCAAGGCCUACCUUCAAACUCAGUGCCUCUUUGCUUGACAUUAUGGGAAAAUCUAAAGAAAUCAGCCUCAGAAUUGUUGGUGCAUUCAAGUCUGGUUCAUCCUUGGGAGCAAUUUCCGAAUGCCUGAAGGUACCACGUUCAUCUGUACAAACAAUAGUACGCAAGUAUAAACAUCAUACCGCUCAGGAAGGAGAUGAGUUCUGUCUCCUAGAAAUGAACGUACAUUGGUGCGAAAAGUGCAAAUCAAUCCCAGAACAACAGCAAAGAACCUUCUGAAGAUGCUGGAGGAAACAGGUACAUAUGUCUCUAUCUCCACAGUAAAAAAUAUAUAUAUAUCGACAUAACCUGAAAGGCCACUCAGCAAGGAAGAAGCCACUGUUCCAAAACCGCCAUAAAAAAGCCAGACUACAGUUUGCAACUACACAUGGGGACAAAGAUCGUACUUUUUGGAGAAAUGUCCUCUGGUCUGAUGAAACAAAAAUAGAACUGUUUUCCCAUAAUGACUGUCGUUAUGUUUGGAGGAAAAAGGGGGAUGCUUGCAAGCCGAAGAACACCAUCCUAACCAUGAAGCACGGGGUGGCAGCAUCAUGUUGUGGGGGUGCUUUGCUGCCGGAGGGACUGGUACACUUCACAAAAUAGAUGGCAUCAUGAGGUUGGAAAAUUAGGGGGAUAAAUUGAAGCAACAUCUCAAGAAUUCAGUCAGGAAGUUAAAGAUUGGUCGCAAAUGGGUCUUCCAAAUGGACAAUGACACCAAGCAUACUUCCAAAGUUGUGGCAAAAUGGCUUAAGGACAACAAAGUCAAGGUAUUGGAGUGGCCAUCACAAAGCCCUGACCUCAAUCCUAUAGAAAAUGUGUGGGCAGAACUGAAAAUGCGUGUGCGAGCAAGGAGGUCUACAAACCUGACUCAGUUACACCAGCUCUGUCAGGAGGAAUGGGCUAAAAGUCCCCCAACUUAUUGUGGGAAGCUUGUGGAAGGCUACUCGAAACGUUUGACCCAAGUUAAACAAUUUAAAGGCAAUGCUACCAAAUACUAAUUGAGUGUAUGCAAACUUCUGACUCACUGGGAAUGUGAUGAAAGAAAUAAAAGCUGAAAGAAAUAAUUAUAUCUGCUAUUAUUCUGACAUUUCACAUUCUUAAAAUAAAGUGGUGUACCUAACUGACCUAAGACAGGGAAUUUUUAUUAGGAUUAAAUGUCAGAAAUGUAAAUGCUUAAAUGUAUUUGGCUAAUGUGUAUGUAAACUUCCGACAUCAACUGUAUAUACCUACCUGUAGGUCUUGAAGUGAGGUCUUCCAUUUGUUUUUUGCACGUUUUGCUCUGGAUUUAGUACUAGAUCUACACCCCUUUCGCCUUGCCAGCAUUAUUUUGUACUUUUACCUGAGCCCAUGUUUUUGUUUGUGUAGAGAACCAAAUGGGAGGCUGAGGUAGUGGUUCUACUCUGCACACCUCACCCAUACGUGCACCUCAGUUGGGCUGUGGGACAGUCACCUAGAGAGAUAUUUACACAUGAGAUUGUAUGAACGGGCGACUCUUUUAACGAGGUAAUAGGAAAGGAACAGCAAGAGAUGGACAGUUCCAGCAGAGAGCUGAGGAUGAGACAAAUAAUGACUUGUUGAGACGUGUGCAAUGAUAAACAGACAUUUGACCAAAGGAGCACUUCUGCUACAGAAACUGUCUCAGGAGGAAAUGUGCAGGGAAGAUACCCAGAAUAUUUGAGUGACAUUCAAGUAGGUAGGUAUGAUGUUUAUCUACACAGUCGUAUUACGCCGUUUGUUUAAUUUGGACAUGAUAUUUUGAUGUGGAAUCAACCUCCAGUGUUCUGUAAUGAUAAAAUGACUGGUGAUAUGACAUGUGAUAUGAAUCAUACGUGGGUUCAAAUACUAUAUCAACUCUCAGUUCAGCUGUGCAAUAUAACAGACAGGAUAGUUUGCUGCUUUCUACUAUUUGCACUAUUGUUCUUCAGUCAAGUUUUCCUCUGAGCCUCUUUUCUCCCUAAUUUACUCAUUUACACACGUUGUUUUCAUAGUGUCUUUAGCAUAGAUCAAUGAAUCAUUUAUCGGUUGUUACUGUGCGUAAUAACAACAAUACAAUGACCAACGCAAUCGUUAAAUAAUCAUAGCUAAGGGUCUUAAUGUCUGAAAUCCAGUUCGUCAUUUGCUGCAGAAAAGAACUAGGUGUUUUCAUUCUCUAGAAUCAGGUAGCUUUUUCUCACCUAUUUAUUCAAGCCUGGUUUUUGUGUUGCAAAAGGAGCAUGAAUGUGACAUAAUGGAAAGUCCCUCUCUUCAGUGUAUAUCAGUAGAGAACUUAUCAUGAGUUACUUAUCUGGUCUCUCCUGUCACCUUAAAGACGUUUCCCGAGAGACACCUUUAGGGGAAUCAUCUGAAAGCAGUCGUCUUUAGAACGUAAGAUCUCAUAAAGGUUGAUUCUAGAGAGACUGAAUAUAGAGACACCUUUAGGGGAAUCAUCUGAAAGCAGUCGUCUUUAGAACGUAAGAUCUCAUAAAGGUUGAUUCUAGAGAGACUGAAUAUAGAGACACCUUUAGGGGAAUCAUCUGAAAGCUGUUCUCUUUAGAACGUGAGAUCUCAUAAAGGUUGAUUCUAGAGAGACUGAAUAGAGAGACACCUUUAGGGGAAUCAUCUGAAAGCUGUUGUCUUUAGAACGUGAGAUCUCAUAAAGGUUGAUUCUAGAGAGACUGAAUAUAGAGACACCUUUAGGGGAAUCAUCUGAAAGCAGUCGUCUUUAGAACGUAAGAUCUCAUAAAGGUUGAUUCUAGAGAGACUGAAUAGAGAGACACCUUUAGGGGAAUCAUCUGAAAGCUGUUGUCUUUAGAACGUGAGAUCUCAUAAAGGUUGAUUCUAGAGAGACUGAAUAGAGAGACACCUUUAGGGGAAUCAUCUGAAAGCUGUUGUCUUUAGAACGUGAGAUCUCAUAAAGGUUGAUUCUAGAGAGACUGAAUAGAGAAACAUCUUUGUAUAUUCCAAAGUGUCUAUAUUUCAUCUCUUUCCCACGUCAAAUAUAAACAACGCUGUCUUGUUUGUUGGCAUAUGGUUUGUGUAUGAAAUGAUUCAUGAAUCUCCUGCACCGUAGCUCCUAUUGUGUGUAGUUGUCUGAAUGAUGCACAUGUCCCUUUUGUCUGUCUCCUGCACUACACUGCACCUGUUUGUCUCUUCAUCUUCACCCAACAACAUUUUGUUCUUGAGUAACUUUCGCCAUUUUUACAUCUGCAAAAUUGUUUGUGAGGAUUAUAUCAACUUGAAUGUGUGUGUGUGUGUGUGAGAGAGAGAGAGAGAGAGAGAGAGAGAGAGAGAAAGAGAGAGAGAGAGAGAGAGCACUGGGCAUUCAGUAUGACAGUAGGCUUUUCAAGUCAAAACUUGCACUUUUUCAAAUAACCAGACCUUUGUGACAGUUGAGGCACAUGGGAAACGUUGUUACCACAAAAUGCAACUGCUACUUUAUAUUUUUACAAUGAACGUACUGUGUUUGAGGGGUUGUGUGUACAUGUCGAUAUGCUGCAGCAGCAUGGAGUAAAUGCUGAGCGAUGACGGUGAGCAAUCUUUAUUAUGCUACUAUAUCUGGUUUACAACUUGUGUUUGUAAAACAACUGUGUAAUAUUAUUUCCUGAAAUAAUUGUGUUGAUUUAUCUCUGCCGCUCAGUCUCCCGGCUCGCACGUCUCUAUUAACAUGCCGUGCGUGGCGAAACAGAACAGACAAAUUCCCUGAACAACACAAGCUUGAACAGCGAGUAAAUCAUAGAACGCACUUCAUUCCUUGUGUGUACCUUCUGAUGUUGAAAAUAAAUAUGUAUA